UGCAGCUGCUGGGAGGAACCUGAAGAGGAGCCUGGAGGAUGUAGACGCUUUAAGAUCAACAGGACCAGGAGCGAGUCUCCUCCCGUGUCAGAGCAGAAGCGGACAGCACGAGCGCGGCUCUGGUCUCUCCUCUCCUCUCUCCUCCUCUCUCCAUCUCUCCUCUGGUCUUCUGCUCGGUAUCUCAGCUCAGAGAUGACGCUCCGCUUCCACAUCACGGCGAAGAAGAAACGAAAGAUCGCGAGGCGGUUCGAUCCGGUUUACUGCUUUAAUUAAUUUUAAUUGAUGUUCCGAUUCAUCUUUAGUGAAACCUUCGGCGGAUAAAGAUGAAAUUUCCGGCGGAAAAUCAGAGGAAACCGAGCAGUAGCUUGAGUCCUCCUCCAGUGGAAGUCCAGACCAACCUCAUGCCUCCGAAAAAAGUCCAGCCCGGGAUGCUGCAGUCCAGCUUGGUCCAGGCCAGCGUGGCCACAAUGCAGAACCCAAUGGGAUGUUCACUUCCUCGCCUCUCAGUUUCACGGCCUGCUAGCAUGGUAGCCAGCAUGGAGGCAGGGGCAGACGGCUCGGCACUUAUGUCCGUGAUGAAGUGGAAGACAGUGCUGGCUGUCUUCGUGGUGGUGGUGAUUUACUUAGUAGCUGGCGGUUUGGCGUUUCGAGCCUUUGAGCAGCCGUUUGAAAGAAACCAAAAGGUCACAAUUACAACUGAGAAGGCAGCGUUCCUGCAAAAGCAUCCCUGUGUAACACCAGACGAACUGGAGAUUCUUAUUAAGCACUCCAUCGACGCCUUCAGUGCUGGAGUGAGUCCUAUAGGAGACACAACGUACAACUUCAGCUACUGGGAUCUUGGCAGCGCGUUCUUCUUCGCUGGUACCGUCAUCACCACUAUAGGAUACGGGAACAUCGCUCCCAGCACAGAGGGAGGUAAAACCUUCUGCAUCCUGUAUGCUAUAUUCGGUAUCCCGCUCUUUGGCUUCCUGCUGGCUGGAGUCGGGGAUCAGCUCGGCACCAUCUUUGUAAAGACCAUCGCCAAAGUGGAGAAGAUGUUCAGGAACAAGAAUAACCAAAUCAGCCAGACUAAAAUCCGUGUGGCCUCGACGUUACUCUUCAUCCUGGCUGGCUGCAUCGUCUUCGUCACAAUCCCUGCUGUUAUUUUCAAAGAAAUUGAAGAAUGGACGGCACUCGAUGCGAUUUAUUUUGUUGUUAUCACACUAACAACUGUUGGCAUCGGAGAUUACGUUGCAGGCGGAAACAGAGAAAAAGAAUAUUAUAACUGGUAUAAGCCACUGGUUUGGUUCUGGAUCCUGGUUGGUCUGGCCUACUUCGCUGCUGUACUGAGUAUGAUCGGAGACUGGCUAAGAGUCCUGUCCAAAAAGACAAAAGAGGAGGUUGGCGAAUUUAAAGCUCAUGCUGCUGAGUGGAAAGCAAACGUCCGGGCCGAGUUCAGAGAAACGAGACGUCGCCUCAGUGUUGAGGUUCACGAUAAGCUUCAACGUGCCGCUACGAUUCGCAACAUGGAGCGUCGACAGCUUGGAUUGGACCAGCGUGCUCAAUCCCUCGACAUCUUAAGUCAUCCUAACGAGCGACGAUCCGCAAACUUCAACAUGCUGGAUGCAGCAACUAACUUUAAGACGUCGUCGCAGGAGAGCAUCAAUGCAAAGCUAAAUGACAACAUCUUUAAUCGGUUCGGCUCUGUCAGCAAACUGGCCAAACGGGGCAAGAACAAGGAGCUGAAGAAGAACAUUCCAGGAGAUGGACGGAAAACAGGCAGUGAGGAGAAGAAAGAGAUGGAAGAGGAAGAGUUGGAGAAGGAGGUCAACACCAGUCUAUCUGAUCUGCCGUUGUUCGUCGAGAGCCCAAAAUCACAGAAUGGAUUCAUGCUUGUCCCGGAAAAGACCAAAGAAAUAGAAGAAGAAGAGGGAGAAGGAGAAAAGGAGGAAGAGUUAGAAAAAGAAGGGAAAGUAGAAAAAUUUGAGUUUCAGGUAGAAAUGGACAUCUAGAUGGGAGAGAAAAACAUCUUUUCUUGAAAACUACAAGUGCCUUAUUUCUCAUUGAUGCUGAUGGGAAAAUUGUAACAUCCCAUUUUAAUGUUGGUGAAACUUUUCACUGUGUCCUGAUAACUUGAUUUACAAAAAAAAAAUUAUAUAUCAUCUGACAGAUCAAUAAAAGCAAAGUAGUUCUUGAACAAGAAUCCUAGCAAAGUUUCAACGAGCGAACUGUAGCCAAUUAAAGUGAAAGAAAAGACGGAGUGUUGAUACUGUGCGCUUUCUACAGUGAACUUACAGUAUACAUAUAAAUUCAGAAUGCAGAAGGAAAUAAAGGACAAAACAUAUUUGAAACUCCACAAUAUACAUUAGGCAUGGGCUGAUAUAAAAGUUUAAACUGUGAUAUUACCUAAAGCAAUUAAGGAUGUGUCAUGGUAUCACAUAGAACAUGUCUUCCAUUCUGGCAUCUUCUUUAGUAGUCACAUUGUUCAAGUGUCCCAGUUUCAUUAGGCAGGGUUUUUAACGAUUUUUAACUUUUGAUAUUUCAUAUGUCAUCAUAUGUCAUAUAUCAUAUUUAAUCCACUGCUGGUUGUUCACUAAUUUAUUGGAUUAUAUGAAGACAGAUCUAGGACUAGCACCUAUUUUUUGGUGCCAUACACAACUAGGCAGGUCUUUGUUCAAUAAGGUGAGUAGCUGUCUAUCCACUAUACAGUGAGGAUAUAUAAUGUAACGUCACUUAGUAACUUUGGCCUGAGAAUGAAUUAAAGCAAUGAACAAACACAUACGCAUUUUGGUUUUAUGCGAUAAAAUUUAUGUUUAUAUGGCAAAGUGAGAAUGCAAAGCUAAAAGUGGGAAAUGAACAAAGUUAGUUAAAGAAUCAAUGUUGUUUAUUAAUGUUAAAGUCUUUCAAAUCCAAAAUGUGAAAAUUUCAAGACUUUUUACUUCUGUGAUAUUCUCACAAGCAGGAGGAUCGAAAUUGGAAAACAACAUGGGCCAAAGUAUUGCUAAAGUGAAACAGGAAAUGGGUGGGACUAUCAGGUGGUCAGUUAAAAUGAAAGAGUUCAAUAAUUAUCAGACCUGUCAAUCAUUUCAUACAUUUUUUUUAUAAUGAAAGAAGACUGUUUUGUACUACUGGACUACUGUUUUGUAGUGAUAAUUAGAUGAUUUAAAAGGUGAAAAAAGUCGGAAGGGCUGGAGUACACGAUGGUAAAUAAAUUAUAACUAAUUAUUAUAACAUAACUUAUGAUUAUUUCAUGCCUAAUGUAUAUUUCUUACAAAUCAUAUUGCCCAAAGGUAGCAUUGAUAAUUGGAUGAAAUUCUAAAAUUUGUAACCCAAUGACGUAUGUGCAUGAUCUUGGAUUUUUAUUCUCCUCUUUAAAAACAUAACUGAUGUCCAUUUUCAUGACUAAUGAGAUCUCAGGGCUUAGAGUCCAUCCUACAUAACUGAACACACGGUCAGAAGCAAAUGUCUGAGAGCAAAGGUUUCUGAUUUUGUCAGUUUAUACUCAAUUUUCUUUCCAUGUUUCACCUAGACUCCCUUGAUUCAGUAAUGUGGAUAUGAUUGAUGUGCGAGUGCAGCCAGAUGAGAGAGAGGACUUGUUUAUAGCUGCUUUAAUGUUAAAAGGCAGAACAGCAACUGAUGUUCUGCAAGAUUAAAUGUAAUGGUCAUCUUUGGGGUAACAACACCUUAAUCAAACCACUUUUUGAAUAGCUGAUGAAACCCAAACUAGUGCACUCAGACAUUCGUCUAGACUGUGUGGACACUCCACCGAAGUCACCGUUCAUUGCACAUGUUUUUGACAACGGAGUGGAAUUGAAGCCAUAGUGUCAAAAAUAUGAUCAGAUCAGGAUUGAUGAUGCACUUUUUGAGUCGGUUAAAGAAUGGCCAAAGAUCAAAUGUUCACGGUGUCCCCUUUACUCUAAAAUACUCACAGUGUUACCCGUGUGGCUGUACACUUUACUAAACUGUCAGCACCAUUAGCAUCUUAACAGAUCAUGUGCGGUAAAGUGAACAUGGUGAACAUUCCAGUUUUGGCUCAAGUUUCACUUCACGCUUUGAUUUAAACACAUCCUCAUUAACACUUAAGCACUUUCCCAAGCUGAAAAGCUUCCUGUGUUUUAUUGAGUUUGCAAAAAAAAGUGAAGCUGUCCUAAUACAUGCCUUCUGUGUGUAAAAAUACAGUAUAUGUGUGUGUGUCUGAUGUGUGUGUGUGUAUGUUGUCUAAGAGAUCUAACUAUGAUUCCCUUGCAUAAGUAGGCAUGUGUCAAUGUUUCAUUCGCCUCAUCCCAGUAGAUCAUGGUUUACGAUAUGAUCACAAUGUUCUGAUGUUCCGGUUCUGAUCCAGAGUAAACACAGAGGAAUGAUGAUAUUUUGUCUACAUUAAGAGUAUCGUGUGUGUUGAAUAUCAUGAUGUAUCGUGUAAGCGAUUAUUGGCACAUGCCUAUGCAAUACCUCACUAUCGCAAUCCUUCGCACAUGUGCUCGUUGCUCAGCUUUACACACCUGACGUGCUCUUCUCUUCUCGUUCGCAGUAGUCUAGUGUGAAUGCAGCAAAAAGACUAAAUGUUUGUCAUGAAGAUGAUGCUAUGAAGAUUUUAAAAAAUGUUCAAAGCAUUUUAAAAUAAACAAACAAACAAAAAAAGAAUGUAAAGAUAUGGAAUCUAAAAGCAUGCCUUUUGUGCUAAUAUAUUAUGGUAUGGUAUUGAGUGUACUGCUAUGUGCUUCUGAAAAAUGAGCGUUUAGCAGCGUGAUGAGUUUAUCAAGUUAAACGCUGAAUGUCCUCCGUUUUAAAAAUCUAUAUACAAAUUUUAAAAGUUGUGCAAUGAAAUUGUGCAUAAUAGACUUGUGCAAGCAUUACUUUCA